UGGACGGGCAGGUGAAAGACAGAGAAAUGGAUAAAUGUCCUUAGCCACCUAGCUAACCAGCUAGGGGAGUAUCUCUUCUCCUUGGCUCAGAUGGAGUUUCUUCAUAGAGUAGAUCGCCAGAUUUAACAUGACACGCAUUGUUACUCACGCUACGUGUCUGCCUUCUCCGCCCAAAAUUAACCUCCUCCUUCCCCUUUUUUAUUCCCCUUUUCCCUCUUAUUCCUCCCUUCCAUUACUUCAUCUCUCUCUCUCUCUCUCUCUCUCUCUCUGUAACACUAUAACACAUCCCCAUUUCAUUCUUGAAUCUUUUUUCAUGGCUCCUUCCAUGGAAUCUCAGCAACAGGACCAGCAAAGUCCACUUGUGGGGCCAAUUAAUGGAAAUGCAUCUGUCAAUAAUAUUAUUCCUGUUGCAGUUGCAGAUGAUGAGGUUCCUCAAAAAUCAAGAGUCACCGUCGUUGGCAGUGGAAACUGGGGUAGUGUUGCGGCCAAGCUCAUUGCUUCUAACACCCUCAAUUUCAAUUCUUUUCACGAUGAAGUAAGGAUGUGGGUGUUUGAGGAAACACUGCCAUCUGGUGAAAAACUCUCCGAGGUCAUCAAUCGAACCAAUGAGAAUGUUAAAUAUCUUCCUGGUAUAAAACUAGGUAAAAAUGUUGUUGCAGACCCUGACCUCGAACAUGCAGUGAGGGAUGCUAACAUGUUAGUGUUUGUCACCCCUCAUCAAUUCAUGGAGGGCAUAUGCAAGAGGCUAGUUGGAAAAAUUAGGAAAGAUGCUCAAGCAAUUUCCCUAAUUAAAGGAAUGGAGGUCAAGAGGGAAGGACCAUGCAUGAUCUCUACUCUCAUCUCUGAAAUUCUUGGGAUCAAUUGUUGUGUUCUAUGUGGAGCAAACAUUGCUAAUGAGAUUGCAGUUGAGAAGUUCAGUGAAGCAACAGUUGGAUAUAGGGAGAAUAAAGAGAUUGCAGAGAAAUGGGUUCGCCUAUUCAAUACUCCUUACUUUAUGGUGUCAGCUGUCCAAGAUGUGGAAGGAGUCGAACUUUGUGGAACUCUGAAAAAUGUUGUGGCUUUAGCGGCAGGCUUUGUAGAUGGCCUAGACAUGGGAAAUAACACUAAGGCUGCAAUAAUGAGAAUUGGCUUGAGAGAGAUGAAGGCUUUCUCCAAGCUAUUGUUCCCUUCUGUUAAAGAUAAUACAUUCUUUGAGAGUUGUGGGGUAGCAGAUCUAAUAACUACUUGUUUGGGAGGAAGAAACAGGAAAUGUGCUGAUGCUUUUGCAAGGAAUGGAGGAAAAAGGUCUUUUGAUGAACUUGAAGCGGAGAUGCUGCAAGGCCAAAAACUGCAGGGUGUCUCUACAGCAAAGGAGGUUUACGAGGUUCUAAGUCAUCGAGGAUUGUUACAAUUAUUCCCCCUUUUCUCUACGGUUCAUGAGAUCUGCAGUGGUCGUCUUGCUCCCUCCGCCAUAGUUGAAUAUACUGAGCACUCAGCCAGAUUACCUUUGCUGGAAGGUUCAGCUCACUUGAACUGAUAUUCAAAGACAUGAAGUCAAUAUAUCUAAGAUACUCCAGAUUUUGGUUUUAUCAGUUCUUGCUUCUUCCUUUGUUUUCCCCCUUUAAAAUUAAUAGUAGAAUUUGAAGGUGGGGUUGGUGUCCUCUUCAUUAGCCAUCAGCAAUAUGAUGCCAAGGAAUCAUAGGGUUUGAAUUAUAUUAUAUUGAUUCUUCAGGUUUUCUCUUAGUUAUGGCAAUUGGGAAGAUUCAAUCA